AUGCCGAAAGAGAAGAAAGACCGGUCGGAUAGGUAUAGACGAUCAUCGCCGCUGUGUUGUGAGUCAAGCCUCCUUGGUUUGAAGAAGCCUAGUGAGAAACAAGUUAAGGAAUGGGAAGAGGCUCGUUGUCCUGUCUGUAUGGAACAUCCUCACAAUGGGAUUCUUCUCAUUUGUUCUUCCUAUGAAAACGGCUGUCGUCCUUACAUGUGUGACACUAGCCAUCGCCAUUCUAACUGUUUUGAUCAGUUCCGCAAAGGUUCUAAAGAGAAGCCACCGUCUUUGUUUUUACUUCAUCACCAAGAGGAAAGUCAUGUACCUACUACUACUGAGACAGAAGAUAAUGUAGCAUUAGACUCAACUGCUGUAAAUCUAGGAGAAGAGGCUGCUGCAUCUGAGGUUACAGUUGCGACUUUUGGAGAAGGUGAGAGCAGGGGAGAAGAAUUAGUAGAUGAAGGUAUUGUAGCAACAGAGGACGACCAAGAAAAAAACAAACCACCUAAGCUUACUUGUCUGUUAUCCUGUGGACAUAUAAAAGAAUGGGUAGUCGUGGAACCUGAUCGGUGCUUUAUGAACUCAAAGCAUAGAAGCUGUUCUUGUGAGACUUGUGAUUUCAGCGGAACCUACUCCGAUCUGAGAAAGCACGCAAGGGUUAAGCAUCCAAGAGUAAGGCCAUCAGAAGCAGAUCCAGAGAGACAGAGAAGCUGGAGGAUGCUAGAAAGGCAGAGAGAUUUAGGGGAUUUAAUUAGCACACUCCAAUCUUCUUUUGGAUUGAAUCUGUUUGAUGAUGGUGGCUUGCUUACAGUGUUCUUGCUCAUCCGCGUGUUUAGGCCAGAGUCAAGUGGACCAAGGAGUAGCUGGUCAGGUACAUCUAGAGCUAGGUCACAUAUUGGUGGGAGAAGAAGAUCUUCAAGACCUUCAAGGCUUUGGGGUGAGAGCUAUGAAGGUAAUACUGGAACAUCAUCUAGAGACUGAGGAAAAUAAUCAAUCUUCUGAUGAACAAGAGUCUGGAUCUCGAAGACGUCGUACUAGAAGAAGAGCUUUCAUUGACGAUGAUGAUGAUGAUGAAGAAGAAGAGCUGUGAUGCCUAUUUAAGAUCUACCAAUUUGUGUUUUAAGAGUUUAUUGAUAGAUCAUGUUCAUUUACCCAGCUAA